AUGUACAAUGUGACUCCUGCACGGACCAAUAGAGGGAGGAAAAAAACUAAAACUGUGGAGACCACUGUCAUCACAACUGUACAUGUACAUGAAACCCAAAGUGCCGAGGAGAAAAAGAGUAGUGAGGAACCUAAAGAAAAAGAACAGGAAAAUCAAAGUUUUGUGCAAAGUUCUGGGGAGGAAAAGAGUAGCAAGGAACCUAAAGAAACAGUAGACAGAAACCAACAAACAGAGGCUAAAAAGAAUUCGGAGAAACUUACGGGUGAGAAAACAGAGAAUAUCAGCACAAAAAGUGUACAGAAACAAAAUCCCAGUACUUCUGAGAAGAAAAAUUUGCAGAUAGUAGAGAAGACAGCACAACAAUGUUCAAACACGGAGAAGGAGAUACCAGACAGGGGCGCUGAAGCUUUGGACUUGGAAUUGAGAAAAUGUGCAUCAACAACAGCAGAUCACAAAGUUAAACAGCUUCUGAAAGUCACACUCGAUCUACGUAAUUCAUUAGCCAUCGAAAUUCCUAAAAAUUCAAGAGUGGAGGAAAUGCUCUCCAAGUACCCUGUUUUUAAAGGUCCAAAACCUUUGAUUGCAAAUCUAAUGCUCAAUUUGGCUGGCAAUCUGAAGGAGGAAGAGCUGGCUGAAAAUGUGCAUCAGUGCAGCCAGGUGAUCUUGGACCUCCUGUUUGCAAAAGAUCUGUGCACAUUUUCAAGGUCUGCGCUGAAAACAGAGGGUAAAUGA